AUGAAGAUCGCUAUCAUUUACUACUCAACUUAUGGGCAUAUUGUCACCAUGGCCAAAGCGGUCAAGGAAGGUGUGGAGAAGUCGGGAAAAGCCUCGAAAGUCGACAUUUUCCAAGUGCCAGAAACCUUGCCUCAAGAAGUAUUGGAGAAGUUGAAGGCGCCAGCUAAAGCCGAUUACCCAAUCGCCACUUUGGACACUUUGUCCGAGUAUGAUGCGUUUGUGUUCGGCUACCCAACGCGUUUUGGAAACUUGCCAGCUCAAAUGACCGAAUUUUUGGGUUCUACCGGUGGCCUCUGGGCCAACGGAACCUUGUACGGCAAGCCCGUGGCCAUUUUCACCUCCGUCAGCUCCCCAGGAGGCGGCCAAGAAGCCACGUUGAGAAACUUCAUUCCUUACAUUGCUCACCACGGUAUGAUCUACAUUCCAUUGGGUUACGCUAAGGCAUUCGCUCAAAUCACCAACUUAGAUGAGGUUCACGGUGGAACCCCAUACGGUGCCGUCACUUUUGCUGGAGAUGGUUCUAGACAGCCUACCGCUUUGGAAAAGGAAAUCGCUACCUUGCAGGGUGAGGCAUUUGCGGAUAACGCCAUUAGAUUUGUGAGCUCUGUCGGUUCUACCGAAACUGCUACGAAGACCGAAAAGGCUGAGGAACCAAAGAAGGCCAAGGAGUCAAAAGAGACGGAGGCUGAGACCAAGGCGGAAAAGCCCGCCUCCGACGCAGCCAAGAGAAGCCAACAGACCGCUCCUUCAAGUGACAAGAAGGAAGAAUCAGGAUGCGGGGUCAAGUGUGUCAUCGUUUAA